AUGCUCACCAUCCUCUCCCUUCGGGCCGACGGGAGCUCCCACCCGAGCUGGGCGGCCGCGGGCAGGGCCGGUUGGCAGCAGGCGGUCGGCCUGCUGUGGGGCUCGGGGCGCUCGGACGGCGGUCUGGCGGGCGCUGUGGCGCUGGCCCGGGCCCUCGACGCGUGCGCGCGGGGCAGCGCGGCGGGGCAGGCGCUGAGGCUGCUGCGGGAGGCGCCCGAGCGGCUGGGGAUCCAGCCCAACUCGGUCGUCUACAACGCCGCGGCGCACGCGUGCGGGAAGGUCGGCCUCUGGGCGGAGGCCCUGGGGCUCCUGGCCGCCAUGCGGGCGCACCCGGGCCUGCGCCGGGACGCCGCCAGCUUCACCUCGGCCGUGGCGGCCUGCCGGCGCGCGGGGCGCUGGCGCCAGGCCCUGCAGGUGCUGGGCGAGGCCGUGCGCAGUGGCGUGAAGCUGGACGUCGCCCUGUGCGCCGCGGCCAGGAUGGGGGCCCUCGAGCGGGGUCAGCAGUGGCAGUCCGCCCUGCGGCUGCUGGGCCGAAUGGCGGCCGCGGCGGUCGGGCGCAACGAGGUCGCGUGCAACGCGGCGCUCAGCGCCUGCGCCCGCAGCGGGCGGUGGGAGGCGGCGGCGCAGCUGUCGAGGGAGGCCCGCGAGGACGCGCUGCCGUGCUCUGCCGUGGGGCUCAACACCGCAAUCUGCCGCCCAGCGCGGCCAGGCCUGGGCGCAGGCGCUGGCAGGGCUGAGCGCGAUGCCGUCCAACCGCCAGGGUUCCGACCUUGCCGCCCUCCAGUCUCUCUCGGGCGCCUGCGCAGCGAGCGGCGGGUGCCGGGACUUCUUCAGGGCGGCCUCCCAGAUGCGCAGGCGCAUCGUCCGGACGGGUGCGGGCGGGAGCGCCGUUGGCCAGCGGCCCUUCUCGGGCGGCGAGGUCAUCGGGUCCGUCGGGGAGCUGCAGGCGCUGGGGCUGCUGGAGGGGCGCCCCGGGAGGCUGGUCUGGUGGUGCACGGAGUCGGUGGCGAUGGGCGCCCUGCGCAGCGUGCCGCAGGGCGCCCAGGGCGCCGGCGGCUCCGGGGGGCGGGCAGGCGGCAGUGCUCGAGUGGCGACGGCGGCGAGCGGGGGCGACGAGCGCCACCACCCGCUCGCCGACGCCCUCUUCGACGUCGGAGCGCCGACCACCAGGACCUGCCUGCAGCUCGUGGCGCGCGGCUGCAGCUCGGGGGUGUUUUUUCUCCGCCGCGUCGUCCUGGGAGCACGGCGCGCGCUCCCGGCUCCACGCGGCGCUGCGGCCGCCGCUGCUGCCGGCGGCGACCACGCUCCAGCUCGCGGCCUGGCUCGCCUUCGACCUCGGGGGGCUCCGCGGGGCGGCGGGCCCGGACCACGGGGAGGGAGGCUGCGCGAGCGAGGGUCCCCCAUGCUCCUCCUCCUCCUCCUCCUCCUCCU